ACGUCAGCGGCGCAUGCGCAACAGAACGGACGGCACUGCAGAAGCAGCCGAGUUCGCGAGUGUAUCGAUUUUACGAUCGUGUCUCUCGCCGCUAGUGCGUCCGUUUCCUUUAGUUUUUAGUGGUCGUGCUCAUAGUACAUGGAUAAAAUCGUGAAUGGGAUUAGUCGCUAGUCUCAUCGUUCCGUACACCCGCUGACUCGCAACACUUUGCCACCCUCGCCAUGACCAAGGAUAGAUUAGCAGCCCUCGUUGCGGCCCAGUCGGACGACGAUGACGUGGCGGACGAUGUUUCCGUCAACGUUGGCGGGCCGGAUGAUUUUAUGACCGAAUUUUUCGCGGAGGUGGAGGAGAUCCGCGAAAUGAUAGACAGGAUCCAGACGAACGUAGAGGAUGUGAAGAAAAAACAUAGUGCCAUCUUAUCGGCACCACAAACCGACGAAAAGGUUAAAAUGGAAUUGGAAGACCUGAUGUCCGAUAUCAAGAAAACGGCCAAUAAAGUCAGAGCUAAGUUGAAGGUGAUAGAACAAAAUAUCGAGCAAGAAGAGCACACGAACAAAUCUUCGGCGGAUUUGAGGAUACGCAAGACACAGCAUUCGACGCUUUCGAGGAAGUUCGUCGAAGUGAUGACGGAGUACAAUCGAACGCAAACCGAUUACAGAGAACGGUGUAAGGGAAGGAUACAACGACAGCUGGAAAUCACCGGUAGGACGACCACCAACGAGGAACUGGAGGAAAUGCUGGAACAGGGAAAUCCGGCGGUGUUCACGCAGGGGAUUAUCAUGGAAACGCAACAAGCGAAACAGACGCUCGCCGAUAUCGAGGCGCGUCAUGCCGACAUCAUUAAACUAGAAAAUUCGAUCAGGGAACUUCACGAUAUGUUCAUGGACAUGGCGAUGUUGGUAGAAAGUCAGGGCGAGAUGAUAGAUCGCAUAGAAUACCACGUGGAACACGCGGUGGACUACGUGCAGACGGCUACGCAGGACACCAAAAAAGCGCUCAAGUAUCAAAGCAAAGCUCGACGGAAGAAGAUCAUGAUCAUGAUCUGCCUUGCUAUACUCGCCGUCGUUCUGACUACCACCAUCGGUGGAUAUUUUGGGCUGUAAACGCCGCACCCAGACAAAUCCAAAGAAGUUGCCGUCGCGUUCGUCAGCGCGAAACGUCGGCAACGUCCGAGUCCAGACAAAUCGGCCCGAAACAACAUUGGACACCUCGCCCGUUCCAAGUCGCACGGUCGUCGUCGAUUGGAAUUUCGCCAUUGUCAACGGCAACAGCAACAGCAACAGCAAGAACAGUGGCUCGAUCGCGAUGUUGUCGACAGGCCUUUUGUCCGCGCGUGCCGCUCCUCGUCCUACGGAUCGUCGCUGUAUUUUGCCUUCUGUUACGCUUACGCGUUAACGUAUACGCGUCCAACUUGUUCAUCAUCAGGAAGGAGGAAAGAAGAGAAAGAGGAGGAAAGAACGGACGUAGACACGAAUUAAGAACGAGAACGGAAACGAGGAAAGCGAUAGCUGAUAGAACGAAGAAUCGCCGUCGUCGUUGUUUGUUUGCGCGAUCGUCGUUUGUCGCCUUAGCUUCGCCAUCGUUGACCGAAUCGCCGUCCUCCUUAGUUUCUUUUCGUUUUCACGCGCUUCCAUCGACAGACUCGAUGCGCGGAUAGUUUCGUCGCUAGCCUCGCUUCGUUCCACUUUCUAUCACGAAGCGUAAAACUUAACAGCGCCAGAGUGAUUUGUCUUGGUAGGCUCGGUUUUCGCUAGAUCUCAACCUCGUCUUUACCCCUUUUUCCAACCUCUCCUUUCGUACGCGAUCGGUCAUUUCUCAAUUGCGGUAAAUAGCAAGUAGCGAGUAGCGAAUAGUAAAUAGGAAAUACCGACAGCCAGAAACGCGUACACGCGAGAAACGAUAAAAGGCACGGACGACGUAUAGCGACGAAGCGACCUUGUUGCUCGGCGACGUAUCGAAGCGGCAAGAUUCGCGUCGGAACGUCAACGAGCAAAGCGGCGGAGCGAGUCCUUCGUCGAUCUCUCUCGAGCGAUCACGGUGCCUAUCGCGAUUAUUGGCCGUUGCACGGCCGACAAUCAACGAGACGAGGAUGACACGCGUGACGUAACGUCGGAGUCGAGCGACGAACGUCGUUUACUUUCGCUCGUACGCGAUCGAUUUCACUCGAGGCUACCGGGCCUACGUAAGUACGAGCGGAAAAAAAAAAUAAGCGGUGCUCUCGCGGGUGGCUACCUGCGAGAAUAGGUCGUAUCGAUGUAUCUCGUUCCGAGCCAAGCCUAACACCCAAUGGAGUUUUUCUGUAACGCGAGGCGUCGCGCGAGGCUACCGAGUAACCCUCUCGUUUUUCACGCCAUUUUCGGCGUGGUGCGCCGGCUCUGGUAGCCGUGUCCAAUUAAACCGACUACCUACCGAAGUGCAUUCUUUUGACUGUGAUUUUUAACCGAGCUUGGAAAUUAGUUCUUUACGGACCUCUCGGAUGUUUCGAACGCUUUCGAGCAUAUAGUCGCGCGAUAGUUUUUUCGAGACGCGCAUCACGCAUACACGAUCACUCGCCACAUAUCAUGUACUAUUCGAAGCGUGUAGAUUUCUAACGAGCCUUCCCUCUCUCGCUGCUUCUAACAUCGCCGCAACGGUCUUCGAUCGAGCCAGGUGCUAUAUAUCGCGUCGAGAUGUAAUCGUCAAUGACGGUGACGAGUACGUAAACGAACCGAGAGAACCCUCGUAUUCUCCGAACGAUAAGAAACGGCGAGACAAAGAACAGUUUGGCGAAACGCAUCAUUGGCAAAGACAGAGAACUCUGUUUACAAAAAAAAGAGAAAAAAAACAAAACAAAACCGUAUAUGUAGCUAGAUCACGCGAGAGCGUAAAGGACGAAUUUCCAAGCGCGUCGCAACGUUAGGUUAGCUUUCGUUCGACGAAAUACGUAUACACCUAAGUAGUUUGUUUCUCGCUUUCGACGUGGCGUCAUCAUCGACUGGUCGAUGCAAGUUGAUACCGGUUAAUCGAGAACGACGAGUCGAAUAGUGGAACGUCAUUGACUUCGUGUUGCACGAAACGCCAUUAGGGUAUUGGGUUCGAUCGAUCGAUCGGCGUAAUCGCUUUGCUUCCCUUCGCGAGAAGUCGCAACUCUUUCGAUCUUUGCCGAGUUUCGCGACUUUUCUCUCUCGAUUACACGUACAUACACACACACACACACACGCACACGAACACGCACGAGAGCCGCCUGGUGUUUUGUUUUUUCAGUUCAGCUCAUGGAUACUGAGUACGUUGUCAAGUACUCCGA